UGUGAGUUGUUUGUGCUUCCUGAGAACACAGCAAAGCAGGAUCCAAUCCGGGAUCCUGCAGAGCUGUCCUAGUAGAUUUUGUACAACGCCACUGGGAAUAGAUCCCUCGGGUUAUUCUUAAUUUCUUACUCCUCCAUCUGUAUUAUUUUGUUCGAGUCAUUCUGCUGGCUCCUUCUAUCUGAGGUGGAUGUGUCGUCUGGUCUUGGCGUGUGCGGUGUUCGCCGCGUGGGUGUGCGGCUUCCUGGGACCUGCAUCAUGCGGUGUUUAUUACAAUGACCGACCUGUGAUCGGUGUUUUAGCCCAGGAGAACUUGGAAAGUGAUCAUGAUGCUAAAGGGUCCUCCUAUAUAGCUGCUUCUUAUGUGAAGUUUUUGGAGUCGGCUGGUGCCAGGGUUGUGCCCAUAAGGAUAAAUGAGACCGAAGAGGAAUAUCGCAAACUUUUCUACUCGAUAAAUGGAUUGUUGCUGCCAGGCGGUGAUGUGGAUAUUGAGGCAUCCCAGUUCACUAGAGUGGCCAAGAUUUUCUAUGAACUAGCACUCAAGGCCAACGAUGCUGCUGAUUAUUUUCCAAUAUGGGGAACUUGUCAGGGCUUCCAACAGCUGACCGUUCUGACCAGCAACAAGAAUCUGCUGACAUUAACAGACACUAAAUCCGUGGCCCUGCCGCUCAAUUUUGGUCCAGGUGCACAGAACAGCAGGAUGUUCAAGAACAUCCCAAAGGACCUCCUUCACUCCCUUUCGUCUGAGAACAUCACAUCCAACUUUCACAGCUGGAGCUUGUCUAUACAGAAUUUCACCCGCAAUGCUAAAAUCAAGCGAUUCUACAAAAUCCUAACCACAAAUACAGACGGGAAGAAGGAAUUCGUUUCCACCAUGGAAGCCUACCGAUACCCGUUCUAUGCUGUCCAGUGGCACCCUGAGAAAAGCCCAUUUGAGUGGAUAGACAAGCCAGGCAUGGUCCACGCCAUGUCAGCCAUUAGAGCCUCCUUCUACACCGCAAGCUUCUUUGUGUCUGAAGCUAUGAAAAGCCAGCACCGAUUUCCUACACAGGCCGACGAGGAGAAGGCGCUUAUUUACAACUACAUUCCUGUUUUUAAAGGCGUGAACAGCAUCUUCAUUCAGAACUACUAUUUUGAUUAGACCCGAGUUGAUAUUUACUACGGAAGUCGUAAGAGGCCAUGCGUUAUACAUUUUUUUUCUCUUUCUUUUCUCGUGAUCACGACUAAAUUUGUUGUGAUCUUGACAUAAACACUGUUUCGCUGCCUUUAGAACAAGCUCUAAUGCAGAAUACACAGAAAAGUACUGAUCACAAGGAAACAAUGUUUAUGUCGAUCAUGAGGCGAUUAAGUAGUGAUCACAAGAAAAAUACGUUAUAACGCAAGACCUCUUAGAACUUGCGUAAUUUCCUUUCUUUUAUGUCUGUGUUUUUUUUGUCGGACCAGCAGCAUGUUCACUGUAGUCAGUUGCAAAUAAGCGAGAUUUUUUUUUUUUUAACAGAAUCUCACAAUCUAUCACGCCUGAAUGUUUUUAGGGGUCUCUUUUGCACUUUUUUUGCUUCUUGCUCGUUUUAACGAAUUUGAGCAGGUAAUUGUUGCAUGCUUUAAGAUGCUCUUUGUAUGUACUGCAGCAGUCCGAUGUGAGUAGUUUAGCGACACUGUAUUAGAUCUGAGGUUGUUCAGCCUGUAGGUUCCUCUGAUUAAGACAAUCUUAUAAGAAAUCUUGCUCGUAUUCUUGACUCUACUCAUUUAAUCGGCAGGUUACAUUGUUACACCACAAUGCAGAAUAAACAGAAGCAGGAAAACUUUUAAAAGCA